AUGAAGAAGUAUGAGUUCCAAACCAUCACCGAAGACGUAGGCACUUCAGGAACAAAUGAUUUGGUCACGAAAGAAAAAUCGAUUCAUAUUCCUCCAGAAGAUUUGGCAGCCAUCGGCCGGCUAAAUAACGACCAGAGGCAUGCAUUUGAUAGGGUAGUGAAAUCCGUCUAUCGCCGCGAAAGUUCUAUAUUCUUUAUUGAUGGUCGGUUCAGGGAAAACUUCCUGUACAGGGCGAUACUGGCCUAUCUAAGAACUGAAGGACAUAUUGCAAUUGCAACGGCGACAUCAGGAAUUGUUGCAACCAUGAUGUCAGGUGGGCGGACCGCUCAUUCUAGGUUCAAGAUACCUGUACCAGCUGACUCAACAUCUUCGUGUGACAUACCAGUGGACACUGAUUUAGCAGAUCUCAUUCGAAAGGCCAGCUUGAUUAUUUGGGACGAACCAAUAAUGGAAAACCGAUAUGCAUUUGAAGAUUUAGAUCGAAUAUUAAGAGCCGUAACUAAAGUCGAGAAACCGUUUGGAGGUAAGGUUUUGGUUUUUGGUGGUGAUUUUCGUCAAGUAUUGCCUGUAAUUGAACGUGGCACCCGAGCACAGGCAGUAAGUGCAUGCUUAACCAAUGCAAAAUUUUGGAAGGAUGUCAAGGUAAGUCAUCUCAAAGAAAACAUGCGUUCAAGGUUGGAUCCUGACUUCUCAGAAUUCUUGGUUCGCAUCGGAGAUAAAGUUGAGCCCUAUGUUAUGGAAGACAUGGUGAAACUUCCAGGUGAUAUUGUAUUGGAAUGGGAUGGAGAGCAGGCGAUUAAGAGAUUGAUUGACGAGGUUUUUCCAAGAUUUGAAGAGAAUGCAUUUGACAAAGUUUAUAUGAGUCAAAGGGCCUUGAUAACUCCAAAUAAUGACGUUGUCGAAAAGAUCAAUCAGAAAGUUAUUGAAAUCUUCUCGGGAACCGAGGUAGUGUAUCACUCCUUUGACACGAUAACAGAUGACCCCAAGAAUUUGUGGGCAAAGGUUUUUCUCAACACUAUUGCUCCAGGUAGAUUACCUCCCCCACAAGCUUAUACUGGAGAUAGGUGCACCAAUUAUUCUCUUGAGAAGCCUUGA